AUGGGCGAGCGGAGUUUCCCAGACCCCGAUACAGCGACAUCCGCCAGUGAACCAACAGACACCACGGUCACCCCCGCUACAGUCACAUCCGAUACAGGUGCUCCCAUGACCGGAUCGAUCAGUCACAGCAUCAAUUCCGGUGCGGGUGUAGCUGUCCCCGCUACAGUCACAUCAACAGCCAGUGUAGGCGAUGCUACGAAUGCUGGCGUUACUAGCAGCGAGGCGGCUGUCUCCGCAACGGAUUCCCCAAAUUCCUCGACGCGCACCACGGCUUUUUCUCCCUCGUCGUCCUCCUCUCCGCCCCCUUCGCCUCCUCCCUCUCGCGACGCGCGUCUGCCUGCCCCCAUGGACCCCUCCCAAGACCCCUCCCAAGACCCCUCGCAAGACUCCUCCCAUGCCUCUCCUUCGGCAGACCCCGCUUCGCCGGCAGAUCUCACUUCGCAAGCAGCACGGGUGGACAGUAACGCGGGAAACGACCCUUCUGGCUCGAACCACCUCCCCCGACCGCCACACCUCUCUCCCCACACCCGCCCCCGGCUUCACCCCGCACACCCCUCAGUCUCCGCCCCCCCUUCCGCACGUGCGCCUGCUGGUUCCCCCCAGGGGGGUUCUCAAGGGGGUGUCUCGGGGGAAGCGUCCUCUUCGCCUGGCAGCGAUGGGGGAGAGACGCCAGCGCUCCCGCAAGGUGGAAACGGGGAUGGGGGCCCCUCGCCAGAUGCCACGUCAGAUGCCACUUCAGGUGCCACGUCAGAUGCCACGUCAGAUGCCUCGUCAGAUGCCACGUCAGAUGCCUCGUUGCAGAAUCCUUCGCACGCCCCUGCCUCAGAUGCCGCUCCCCCCAGCUCGCCCCUGCAGCCCCCCGCCUCUGAUGGCUUCCCCCCGGCAGAAGAGCUUGGGGGCCAGGCGGGGGAAGGGGGGCAUGCGGGGCACACAGGGCAGGCGGGGGGGAGAGGGGGAGGGCGGGAGGAGGUUUAUCCCCCCAUUCCGUUCCUCUGCCUCCCAAGCGAACCUGCCCCGCACCGUGCAUGCAAUAGCCAGCUCGCAGGAGUGCAUGGGCUGGGCGCCAUAGCGGCCAGGCAAGCGGGGCGGAGCAGCAAGCACGAGUGCAUGGGGGGGCGGCCUCCCUUCCUGGUUGAUCAGCCAUUAUCAUGCAUUUUCCCGUACCCUCGUCCCCUCGUCCCUCCCGCCCCAUGGCAUGCCAGUGUGCAGCGGCGGAGUAGGCAGGAGUGCAUGGGCGCCAUAGCAGCCAGUCAUGCGCGGUGUGCAGCGGCGCAGCAAGCAGGAGUGCAUGGGCGCCAUAGCGGCCUCUCAAGCGGAGCUCGUCUCGUUAGACGCGGGGCUGGCGUUCCGAGCCUUCCUGCACGCCCGCAUGAAGGCCCUCAUGAGCGAGCGGCUGGCGGCGAGACCUACCCCGCUGUUGCUGUCGUGCGCAGGGAUGUGUGUGAUGCUAGCGAUGCAGGGCGGGGGGAGGCGGGGAGUGAGGGGCUGAAGGGGAGUGAGGGUGUUGGGAUGGGGGGAGUGGGAGGAGAUAGGGAUGGGAGAGAGGGUGCGGUGGGUGAGGGAGGCAGUUCGGGUUUCAACAGCAGCAGUGGCGGUAGCAGUGGUGGUGCGGGUAGCUCUUCGCUUGGAAACCAAACUGACACACAGACGGUCCAAGGCACAUCACACAGCAGCAGCAGUAGCAGCAGCACCGCCGCCACCCCCAGCACCACCUCGUCUCCCCUCUCCCCCACGGCGCCCCUGCCGUCCAGCAUCCCGGCCGGUCCCUGGCAGCAGCUGCACCGCUUCAAGACGUGCCACCCGCUCUACGCCUCCGCUGCUGGCUGGGACCUCCCCGUGCGCUCCCUGCUCGCCCUUGACCUCCAGUCCCAGCUCGGAGGUGCGGGGGGCGCUGGGGGUGCGGGGGGUGCAGGGAGUAGGGGGAGCAGCGGCGGGAGCAGUGGGGGGAGUGAGGGUUUUGGGGGGAAGGCAGGAGGAGUGGGAGGGGCGAGAGGUGGGGGAGGAGUGGGUGGGGGAGCGGGUGUAACGGGAAGGGGCGGAGGAGGAGGAGUGGGGCUAGGAGGUGGGUUUGCAGCGCCACCAUUCGUGGAGGGUGAGCCAGCGGAUGUGACUCUAGUGAAGGCCGUGUUCCCUGAGUCCUGCGCACCGGGGGGCGACGGCACCCUCGGCCCCCUCAGCACCACUGCUGCUGCCACUGCUGGAGGGGGGGGAGGUGGGGGUGGGGAAGGGGUGGUGGGAGAGGAAGGGGGAAACGCAGGGCAGGGGGACACGGGGCGGGUGUGCAGUGGGUGCGUGUCAGUGAACGGGCGGGGGACAUGUGACGAUGAGGACACGUAUGCGGGCUUCCACGGUGCCUUCCGGUGCCUCAUGGAGCAGGCGGGCGAUGUGGCCUUCCUGAGGCUGGACACGCCACUCUGGUUCGCCCGUGGAGGGCGAUUUCAGCAGGCGUGGUCGCUGCAAGAUCUGGGGGAGUUUCGAGUGCUGUGCCCGCCCAUGGUGGGCGGAUGCGUGGAGGUCACAGAGAAUGUGCACGCCAACUGCACCUUCGGCAGCGUACCAGCCAGCGUGGUAAUGACGCGCAACAGCAUAUCGGAACGCUUCAAGCGGGCCAUAGUGGCGCGCCUGGAGCUGGCAGGCACCGUCAGGGCGUGGCGGGAGGCACUAUACGAGGGCCGCAACCCCUUCGACUACAUCCUCUCGGGCAGUGCCAAGGGACUGGUGCACGUGGACUCAUUGACCCGGGCCUAUCUGGGCAGUGCCAUGUGUGACCUUAUGCGUGUGCCCCUUCCCAUCCCCACCCUGCCUAUCACCCCCAGUGCCAAGGGAUUGGUGCAAGUCGAGUCAUUGACCCGGGCCUAUCUGGGCAGCAUGGGCGAGGUGACAGAAGACAUUCUGCGCUACAACCCCCCACCUGUUGCAGCCCCACCUGCUGUAGCCCCACUGGCCUCAGCAUGUUGA